CAUGAGAUCAUCAGACCUACAUAUAAGAUAAUUUCAAUCUGAGUUACAUCUAUUGUCACAAUGAAGAUAUCGCAAAGAAAAAACUGAACUGAAGAUAUUUUAAACCUGCAAUAUGUGAUAUGGAUACUUUCCAACUACUGAAUCCCAAAAGGGUUUGCUAUAUGUUGCAUUAUGUACAUGCUCUAACUUACUACUUACUCUUUCAGGACAAAUUGGAUUAUUACUCUAAGUGAUUCUGUCACUUAUCAAUCUAAUCUGAAGAAGAUAGGAAGAUGGGCUUCAUAAUGUAUUAGAUUUUUAGCAACUACACUUGAAGAUCAGAGGUGAUAUUUGUUUUGUCCAGCCCUGUUGCACAAACAGUGUGGUUGGCCCAGUCUCAGUUAUACAGACUUAUAUUGAAAUUGUUCAAACAAGCUAGAAUUUUAUUAAUUCAGGGAUCAAUAAUUUGAAUGGUGUAGAUAUUCAUAUAUAUGUAAUACAGUGUUUUCUAUCAUGUAUACACAGAGUGUCUACUGAUGGAAUAUUCAUUAAAACUGUUAUGAUUCUGGAUCUGAGUUUACUCUCUGUCUCUAAUCUCUUCAUUGCUCCGCCACAGGCCACCCAGUAACUGGAGCAUUUGAUUGGCAGUUGCAGGCAGCAAAUAGGAUGUGACAUAUCAACAUGUCAGCAUUACCCAUACCUUAUAAAAGUCAACAGAUUUGCAUUGUAUUUUUCACAGCAUCUUGUGUUUUUCAUGAAUUACUCUGUGCUGUGAAGCAAUGGCAAUGAAGCUAAUUUAUGGUUGUCUUCUGGCAGUGGCCCUGUUUGGCUAUCUGGCUGAUGCUCAAUAUCUUGCACAGCCUCAGAAGCACCAAGAGCCCAAGCAGCCCUCAAAGACCAAGCUGCCUUCUACAGAAAUAUUUCACAGUUGUGAAGUGGAUGAUCAAUACAAGAUACAGUGUGGGGCUUCUGACAUCUCUGCUGCAGGGUGUGAAGCUAUAAACUGCUGCUUUGAUGGACGCAAGUGCUAUUAUGGCAAAUAUGUGACUCUCCAGUGCACCAAGGACGCCCAGUUCAUCGUGGUGGUGGCCAGAGAUGCCACCCUACCCAACAUUGACUUGGACUCAAUUUCUUUCUAUAGCAAUGAUCAAAGGUGCGGUCCUGUUGGAACCACUUCAGCUUUUGCCAUCUACCAGUUCCCUGUCACUGCCUGUGGCACUAUCGUAAAGGAAGAGCCUGGUGUUAUAAUCUAUGAGAACAUGAUGGCAUCCUCAUUUGAAGUCACUAUUGGAGACCGUGGAGCCAUUACCAGGGACAGCCAUUAUUCGCUUCUUAUCCAGUGUAGAUAUAUUGGCAACUCAGUUGAAGCUGUGGUCAUUGAGGUUGGCCCAGUUCCUCCACCACACUCAGUUGCAGCUCCUGGACCCUUGCGUGUGGAGCUCAGGCUGGGCAAUGGACAGUGUACCGUCAAGGGCUGUGUGGAAGAGGAGGUGGCCUACAGCAGCUAUUACGUGGAUGCCGAUUAUCCCAUCACAAAGGUGCUCAGGGAUCCUGUAUACGUUGAGGUCCGAAUGCUGGAGAGGACUGAUCCCAAUAUUGUCUUGACUCUUGGAAGAUGCUGGGCAACCUGUGACCCCUACCCUCACAGUCUUCCUCAGUGGGACUUGUUGAUUGAUGGCUGCCCCUACCGUGAUGACCGUUACCUGACCACCCUAGUCCCAGUGGCUGCCUCAUCUGAAGUUUUGUACCCAACCCACUACAGGCGCUUUUUUUUCAAGAUGUUCACUUUUGUAACUACUACUAAUGCUGCCAAUCCCAACAAGGGAACGCCUGCAGAUACACCAGUUUUUGUUCCUGUCAAGGAAAAGGUGUAUAUCCACUGUGAUGUAGCUGUGUGCCAACCCUCUCUUCAAAAUAACUGUGAACCUAGGUGCUUCAGAAAGAGGAGAGACAUUGCUGCUUCUGUCCAGAGAGGCUCGAGAGAUGAGACCACUUUGGUUAGCAGCCUGGAGGUUAUUGUCACUGACCAAAGCCAAAGCGCUCAGUAACAACAUUCAGACAGAACUUUCUUGCCAUGAAAUCUGUUUAUGAUGUUUACUGAAAAGUUAUUGAGUUUCAAAUAAAUCUUCAAGUUGCCAAAUGUGUUGUGUGUUGUCUCAUAAAACGCUAUUCAGAUACAUUUUUUACACUGUGAUCUACAAGCUAAAAACCAAAAAACUAUAGGCUACUAAUUCUGCAGAAAAUACGUGACCAUGUUUCAAUGUCAAUUUAAACCACCAAAUAACUAAAUAAACAUAGCCUUACUGUAUUACGCCAAUAACACAUUUGAACAAUUAAUAAUUGUUUUGACUACCAUUAAAUAGCUUUAGAUCCAAUGGAAUUGUGUGUCUUUUAGUUUAAAUUUUAAUUGCUAUCCAACAUUCUAAAGUACAUAAACGAUAACUGGGCUAAGACUUGAAUAGGAAACAUAAAGCAUUCUGCAGGUUACUAUAUAUUUGCUUAAAAUACUUCACAGAGUAAUUAAUUAAUCAAAGGUCAACAAUCAUGGAGUUAGGAUUUAUUACAGGACUGUAGUAUCUAACCACAUUAGUUUAAACGCCCACUCACGCCACUGUCAUAAUCCAAAACAAACACUUCAUUUCCCAGAAACCUU